AUGUUGCUUUCCCCCGCCGUCAAGACUUCCUACCUCAGCACCAUGGCCGGCGGCUCUUCGCCCACGCCAAAGCGCAAGACCGAGGAGGAGAACGUCGAAACCUCGCCUCUUGCUGGCAAGCGAGCUCGUCCCAUGAUACCACUCCGAGGCUCGCGAUCCUCGAGUAUGUUCCAGCUGCAGCAGCAGCAACAGUUGCAGACUCCCCUCCACACACCCGGGUCGCUGCACUCGCAAGACCCCUUUGCGAGCUCGUCCGAUGUGACGCUCGACGACCUCACCGCCAACCCCAACAACCAGCAGCGCGACAUCUUCACCCACUCGUCCGCCACGACGAAGGGCAAGACCGCCGAGUCUGGUGUCUCGUCCACCUCGCACUGGCUCAAAGUGGUCACUUCGUACGGCUACACAUUCAUCAAGUCGGACGAGUUGCACCUGCUCGAAGGCAACGCCGAUGUGCAGAUGGUCAUCGAGCCGUCGAACUCUGCUCAUCAGAACGAGGUGCCCGCCUCGCCACCUGCGCAGAUGAGAUUCCCCUUGGGCGUCGAGUUUCCACCCACGCCUUCACCUUCGGACGACGGCACUGGCGCACCUGCCAAUCGAUACUUUGCCCAGCAGCACGCAGGCAAGCCGCUCUGGGAGCACGUCGAGGGCGAUCAGGAGGCGGCGAGACAGGCCGCCGGUGGCAUCAACGAGAUGAUGAUGGACGAGUGGUAG